AUGGCAUCUAAUCACAGCGUAAACAUCACCACCCGUUCACCAAAGCAGCAGCAGCAUCGUGAGCCCACAAAAGAGGCAGCACAUCAGCUGUCGAUGGACACAACAACAGCUGCUUCGGCUACUGCCGCUGCCGUCGCUGAGGGCGAUUCCGAAGUGGCUGGCAUCGAGUUGAAGCAGUUGAAGCCCAGCGAGAACGGCAGCGGCGGCGGCGGUGGCACUGUAGACCACAGCAAACACUCGCCCAGAACAGUCCGCUCCUCAGGAGGUGGAGAGGACAACAACAACGUCAGACAGAGCGGCCAAUCUGCCAGCAGCAGCACUCCACGGCACCGUACACCGGUGAAGAAGGCGGCCACUAUUUGCGGCGACAACGCCGGUGACGAUGAACACCACAUGCACCUGCACCAGCAGCAGCCGCGUCAGACCGCCAAUCAGGACGUCAGUCCGGCGAAGAAGUCUCUCCAGGAAGGAACGACUGAAACAGCUGAGAGUGCAGCCGGGCAAUCAAUCGACUGCGCCGGUGGUGACGGCGGCGAUGAGGAUAGCAGGAGAGAAGGAACGGCAGCAACAGCAGCUACCAGCAAACCAAAACCGCCUCCCCUCAAAAUAAUGGACCUGAACACGAGCACCGCCAGUGCCCAGUCACAGAGUCAGUGUGACUCUGCGCCGAAGACGCCACUCACGCCGGGACCGUCCUCGGCGACGGCCGCCGAGUUUGCCCGCAAGCGCCAGGCAAUGGACAAGGAGCGCAAGAUUGGCCACCGGCGGGUGGACGAGGAGGGCCAGGUGACCUACAAGAAGAUCCAGACCAGCCAGAUCAUGGGCUCCAUUCAGCUGGGCAUCGGCCACGCCGUCGGCUCGCUCGCCUCCAAGCCGGAGCGCGACCUGCUGAUGAAGGACUUCAUGGAGAUCGAGACGGUCGCCUUCAGCAAGGAGGGCUCCAACACCACCCCCGCCCACCACUACAGUGACUUCAAGUUCAAGAUCUACGCGCCCACUGCUUUCCGCUACUUUCGUGAUCUGUUCGGCAUUCAGCCGGACGACUUUCUCCUCUCGCUGUGCAAUGAGCCGCUGCGCGAGCUCUCCAACCCCGGUGCCUCGGGCAGUGUCUUCUAUCUCACCACUGACGACAACUUUAUCAUCAAAACGGUGAUGCUCAAGGAGGCAGAGUUUCUGCUGAAGCUUCUUCCCGGUUACUACAUGAAUCUAAAUCAAAACCCUCGUACUCUUUUGCCCAAGUUUUUCGGGCAGUACUGCUACAUUUGCGGCGGCAAGAACGUGCGCAUCAUCACCAUGAACAACCUCCUGCCGAGCACCGUGAAGAUGCACCAAAAGUACGACCUGAAGGGCUCCACCUACAAGCGAAAGGCGGGCAAGUACGAGCGGAAAAAGGAGUCACCCACCUUCAAAGACCUCGACUUUAUUGAGCACCACCCUGAGGGCAUCUACCUCGAGUCGGAGACGUACAGUGCGCUGAUCAAGACGAUGACCCGAGACUGCCGCGUCCUGGAGAGCUUCAAAAUUAUGGACUACUCGCUGCUGGUGGGCGUGCACAAUCUAGAUCAGGCGAAUCGAGAGCGGGAGGAGCGGCAGCGGGAGCAGGCGAAUCACUACGCAGAGAUGGCCGCCGCCGAGCUCAGUCAGACCAGCUUCGAGCAGGCGGAUCCGCCCAGCAUCAGCAAUGAUAACUCGAUGCUGACGAGGACAAAGUCGGUCAACAAGCAGCGCAUUGCCGCCUUCUCCACCGCCCUCGAGUCCAUCCAGGCGGACAUUGACCCCAUUGACCAAGAGGAAGAUGUUCCACCCGGUGGCAUUCCCGCUCGCAAUGAACAAGGCGAGCGACUCCUUCUCUACAUUGGCAUCAUUGACAUUCUGCAGAGCUACAGAUUCAAGAAAAAGCUGGAACACACUUUUAAGGCGAUGCUUCACGAUGGUGACACGAUAUCGGUGCACAAGCCCGGAUUUUACGCUCAACGUUUUCUAGAUUUUAUGAGUAAAACAGUGUUUAAGAAGAUUACUUCUCUUGACCUGCCCGAAAUCAAAGGCCCUCAUCGAAAGUUUCGCACGUUGGUCUCGAGUUACAUAGGCCUAGGUAUGGCUCCUUCUGCUCACGCCACCUGUAAGCCCUAA